AUGGAAGCUCAUCACGUUAAUAAUUUAUCGACGUUGGAAGGAAAGGCUGGAACUUCCGGUAUCGAAAAUUGCAACAAUUCUUUGGACGAUGCUGUGGGAAAAUUAUUACAAGAAUAUCAUUGUUGUUUAGGAUACGACUGGACGUUACUUCCAGUUACUUCCCGAGCUGGAAAUCGAAGAAACGCUCACGUGAAACGACCGAUGAACGCGUUUAUGGUUUGGGCACAAGCAGCAAGACGAAGAUUAGCCGAUCAGUAUCCUCAAUUACAUAAUGCUGAGUUAUCGAAAACAUUAGGAAAAUUGUGGAGAAUUUUAAGCGACGGUGAGAAGCAACCGUUCAUCGAAGAAGCCGAAAGACUUAGAAAUGCCCACAAAAAACAGCAUCCACAUUACAAGUAUCAACCACGACGUAGAAAACCAAAAUCGGAAGAUCAAGUAUUCGGUAAUCGGGAUUCGAUGCAUCGUGGAUUAGCAUCAACCAUAACACCGUUAGAAACAGGUCCAGUUUCUUCAGAUUGUAGUUACUCUCGUCUUUACCCCGAUACCGAAGCUAAGAUUUACGAAAGACCAACUUAUCAAGAUACCAAAAAUACUUACGAUUUAUCGAGAGCGUCCUGGAGUAUAAACGAAACGAUUAAAUAUCCAAUGGAUCAUCAUCCCACCAAUAAGACUUCUUCCUUAGAUUCGACAAACAAAUACGACGUUAACAUGAAAAAUUAUACCGAAAUGAAGUGUCAUGAAACAAUGAAGUAUCAUCAAGUUUCUCCAACCAAAUGUCACGAUAUUGCAACAAGCAAAUAUCACACGGAAUCGAUUCCAAAAUAUUCUGAAUCGCAAAUAAGUAAACCCUACGAUUUACCGAAGUAUCCUGACGCUAAAAGUUACACAGAAAGUUUGAAAUAUCAAAGUGACAUGAUGACCACCAAUGGUAAAUCUUACGCUUGCAUACACGGACAAUAUUAUCCAACGCCGGAAGCGUACACGAUGCAAGAAGAAAAUGAUUAUCAAACUCAAACGAUGCCCGCGCAUACUUUUUAUCCUUACAUAUCAGCGACCAUGUCUCAGGCUCCUUAUUACAUGGGUCCACGAUAGAUAUAUUAGGAAUUGGAGCCAUUUUUUGUUAUUUUCUUCUUGGUCGAAACCAAAGUAUUAGGUGUACCAAUUAAUUAAGUAUCUUGAUAUAAUAUUUAAUUAAUUUCACCAAAAUAACCAUCUUUUUUCGUCAAGAUAUUCGACAAUUGCUUAAAAGAUGGACCAAAAUCAUCCGAAAAUAAUAAAUAUGAUUACUUUAUAAACAAAUACUAAAUUUAUUUAAAAGGCACUGAAUUAAUUGUUACAUCUAAUAAAAACUAUAGGUUUCUGAGAAUUUUUCUCUAUAAUCUCCAUUAAAAUCCCAUGAAAAAAAGAACAAAAAGUAAACUACAAGAAGAAGAAGAAGAAACAGGUGAUGUGUUUUAUGUGAUUGCAAAAUUAAUUAAUUAAUAUUAGAAAUUUGAUGAUAGGAGACACUCAUGUAUGUCCACGCUAAUAUAUAGCCUUGAUAAUCCAAGGUUUCUUUUUACGAUCGUUAGAUUUAUUAUUAGAAUAUUGAUUUUAUCAUGAUUUACUAUAAUGAAAGAUAAUUAUUUUGC